CCGCGGGGCUUCGGGUCCCGUCACCCCGGAAGCUCUGUGUCACACCAAGAUGCUCCUCGCGGUGUUAAGCAGCGUCGCCGCGGGGCUGCUGGCUCUGCUUCUCUACCAGAGGCUGCUUCAUCCCUUCUUCUGGGCGGACGUCAGGCAAUACAUAAAGCUUCGGAAGUACGGGAAGGCGGUGCGGGCUCGCAUGCAGCGGGGGGUCGUCACAUUCCUCGACUGCUUCGUCCACCAGGCGAGGACGACGCCGAACAAGCCGUUCAUCGUCUACGAGGAGCGGACUCUGAGCUACCGCGACGUGGACCGGAGGAGUAACCGGUUCGCCAGAGCCUUCGUGGCGGAGGCCUCCCUGAAGAAGGGGGACGUCGUGGCUCUGCUGAUGUGCAACGAGCCGGACUUCGUGCACGCGUGGUUCGGUCUGAGCAAACUGGGCUGCGAGGUCGCGUUCGUCAACGUCAACAUUAAAGCCAAGUCUCUGCUGCGCUGCUUCCACAGCUGCGGAGCGAAGACGCUGGUGGUUGGUGCAGAUUUGGUGCCACUGGUGAAGGAGCUGCUGCAGGAUCUGCAGAAGGACGGCGUGGCUGUGUGGGUGGUGGACCACACGGCGCCCUCUGAGGGCUUCAAUACUUUACUAGACAAGGUGGAACAGAUGUCUGGAGAGGCGUUAAAGGAACUUCCCAAAGUUGACAUCAUGUCAAAUUUCCUCUUCAUUUUCACAUCAGGCACUACAGGUCUCUCCAAGGCCGCUUGCGUGGGGCAUCUGAAAAGCAUGAUGAGCAUGGCCUUCCUCUACAUGUGCGGAGCCACGUCCGAUGACGUCAUCUACAUCACUCUCCCUCUGUACCACAUGUCGGCUUCCCUGCUGGGGCUCGGAGGAUGCAUAAGCCUGGGAGCAACCUGUGUCUUAAAGAAGAGGUUUUCUGCCAGUCAGUUUUGGAAGGAUUGUGUGAAACACAAGGUGACUGUGGUGCAGUAUAUCGGAGAGCUGUGUCGAUACCUGGUCAAUCAUCCUGAGGUUCCAGAAGAGAGAGCUCACUGUGUUCGACUGGCGGUUGGAAGUGGCCUCAGGCCUGAUGUCUGGACGGAGUUCGUCAGACGUUUUGAUAGAAUCACAAUCAGGGAGGGUUACGGUUUGACCGAGACCAGCAUCGGGUUCCUCAACUACACCGACGAGGUUGGACCCGUUGGACGAGCAAGUUACUUUAACAAGCUUUCAAUGCCGUUUGAGCUUCUUCAGUAUGACCCACAAACAUAUGAGCCCGUCAGAACAAAGACUGGAAGAUGCACACGCGCCCAGAAAGGGGAGACCGGGAUCCUGGUAGCUCCUCUCACAGCCAUGAACCCAUUUCUGGGCUACGCUGGGGACGAGGUCCAGUCUGAGAAGAAGCUGCUGAGGAAUGUGUUCUGCUCUGGAGAUGUCUAUUUCAACACUGGAGAUCUUCUGAUGCUCGAUCACAGGGAUUUUCUCUACUUUCGUGACCGCGUUGGAGACACUUUCAGGUGGAAAGGAGAGAACGUGUCCACCACAGAAGUGUCGGAGGUUUUGGGUCUUCUUCAUUUUAUCCAGGAAGCCAAUGUCUAUGGUGUCACCGUACCAGGACACGAAGGCCGAGCAGGUAUGGCUGCUAUCGUCCUGAAACAGGAUCACAAAUUCAAAGGAACUGAGCUUUAUAGUCAUUUGGUAAAAAGCCUUCCUGCAUAUGCCUGGCCGUGGUUUCUCAGAAUACAGACCUCUCUGCAUGUAACGGAGACCUUCAAGCUGCAGAAGAUGAAGCUGGUUCAGGAGGGUAUAAAUUUGGACCUCAUCCAGGACCCUCUGUAUUUUUUAGAUGUCUCCCAGAAGGACUACGUUCUCCUGACUGGGUCUAUAUAUCAAAACAUUGUGACAGGAAAGAUACAUUUAUAAACAAGCAUUGAUUUUACAGAAUAAAGAGAAUCAAGGUAUUUGAUUCCUUGCAGUCCAUCAUCUGAUGGAUUGAAUGGAGCAGCCCUGCUCAGAGCCAAACUGCAUCUACUUCCGGGCCACAAGUUGAGAGCUCUAUACAGACAACUACUGUAUGUCUUUAUCAUAAUAAUUGUGAAAUCAUAAGGACUCAAAAAAAUCAAAGCUGUUACAGUACAUGCUGUAAAACUUUAAAUAAACCCAGAGCAUUUAUUUUCCCCAGCUGCAAAGAUAAGCAGCUAAGUUUUCAACAUUUUGUGCUCUAUCAUGUUUUUCUUAGGUAAAAAACUAAUGUUGUACAAUGUUUUAUGGUUUUCUUUCAUAAAAAGAAUCUAAUCAAAAAAAGUAUUUUUGAUCUUCCUAUAACAGGUAUUAACACCAAGUCCUCCUCUCAGAGGAAUGUCCUUAUUGCUGAACAGAAUAAACACUUGUACAAACGACAACCAGACCUUUAGUCAAUAAAGUCACAUGGCUGAUACUCAUCA